AUGGCGGACGGCAAGCAGUUCAACAUGCGGAAUCCGGCGGUGAAGCGGAUUUUGCAGGAGGUGAAGGAGAUGCAGCGGGAGGGCAGCAAGGAGUACACCAGCAUGCCGCUCGAGGAGGACAUAUUCGAGUGGCAGUUUGCGAUCCACGGCCCCAAGGACUCGGAGUUCGAGGGGGGGAUCUACCACGGCCGCAUCACGCUGCCCGCCGACUACCCCUUCAAGCCGCCCUCCUUCAUGCUCCUCACUCCCAGCGGGCGCUUUGAGGUGCAGACGAAGAUCUGUCUGAGCAUCUCCAACCACCACCCCGAGCACUGGCAGCCCUCCUGGAGUGUGCGCACGGCACUGGUGGCACUGAUAGCAUUCAUGCCAACCAAGCCAGAUGGCGCACUGGGCUCACUGGAUUACCCCAAGGACGAGCGCCGCAAGCUCGCAAUCAAAUCCCGACUCGCGCCACCCAAAUUUGGGAGUCCCGGGCGGCAACAAGUGAUUGAUCAGAUUCACGCAGCCAUGCUGCAAACGGCACCACCUAUCCCUGCCUCUUUGCAUUCCGCCUCUUCUCCUAGCUUUAAGGCUCCCGACACCCCCCAAGACACAGUUUCUGACUCUGCUCUUCCUCCUGCUGCCCAACCAGUGACUGCCACUGCUGUUGCUGACUCUGGUACGUCUUCAGCUUCCCCCCUCGUGCUUCCCUCUUCCACCGACGUUUCUGCGGAGCAGCCUUCUCUAGGCUCCCUAGUGCCUCUGCCAGCAGCAGCACAGCCAGGCGACACACCGCACAAGCAGGAUCUGUCCCUGCUGGUGGUUCAGAGUCAGCUGCAUCAGCUGCCGCUGCGGCAGAUCAAGUGGUGCCAGCAGGUGCAACUGCAGGUGCUGCAGCAAUAG